CUCCCCGUAGUUUCCGCUUCCUCCCUUCAGCCAUGGCUUCCUGCACCGGAGAGGCGAGUGGGGUGACCGGCUGUGAACAUUACACCCGGGGCUGCCAGCUGAGGGCUCCUUGUUGUUGCAAGUUUUAUACUUGCCGCCUUUGCCAUGACAACAAAGAGGCGCACAAGAUGGAUCGAUUUAAAGUCACACAGGUUCAAUGCUUGAAUUGCAAACACAUUCAAAAGGCUCAUCAGACUUGCGAACGGUGCAGCACUGUUUUUGGUGAAUAUUACUGUGGUGUGUGCCACUUAUAUGACAAGAACAAGAAGCAGUAUCAUUGUGAUGGAUGUGGUAUAUGCAGGAUUGGUCCAAAAGAAGAUUAUGAACAUUGUGCAAAAUGCAAUUUAUGUUUGCCACUGAGUCUCAAAGGAAAUCACAAGUGUAUAGAAGAUGUAUCCAGACAAGACUGUCCCAUAUGCUUAGAGGAUAUGCACACCUCUCGUGUUUGUACGCGCAUAUUACCUUGUGGACACCUUCUUCACAGCACUUGUUACAAGGCUCUACUAAAAAGAGGGUACAGAUGCCCAUUAUGCAUGCGUUCUGUGCUGGACAUGUCAGAGCACUGGCAGUUACUUGAUGAGGAAGUUGCUCGGACACCAAUGCCUUCAGACUACCAAAAUAUGACUGUAGAGAUUCUUUGCAAUGACUGCAGUUCUAGAUCAACUGUACCAUUUCAUGUUUUGGGAAUGAAGUGUGGGAGCUGCAAUUCGUACAACACCACUCAGGAAGGAAAAACUCAAGCUCAGCCGUGAACCAGACAUCCAGGAAAGCAACUGUGGAACAUAAACGUGUGAUUUAGUUAGUAGCCUUCUGCCCAGUCUCAUAGGAAAAACUUGCAGGAGCAAACGCACUCAGAGUUAACAUGUUCUCUGUUGCAUUACAUAGGACAGUAUGACAAAGCUUUAUUUUUGUGCCUUUCUAAUAAAUAUUUAUUCUGUGACUGUU